CAAUAAAAAGUUUGUAUUCGUUACUCAGGUAUUUCUUGAGUAACGAAUACAAAGUAACGGAUAGUUACAUUUUUGGCACUACUAUUUCGGAACGACUGAGUAUACUUUAUAUUAAAAUUGGUUUAAACGCUAUUAUUAUUCUGUAAUAUGAAGAUCCGACACAACGUAAAACGUGGUAAUUAUGGUUUUCUGGAUAGCAAGGACAUAAGCUUUUUUGAAUCUGUCAUAGGUAAACGCAAUCUGUUGCAAGAAGACUUAGAUGGGUACAAUGUAGACUUUUUGAGAAGCGUUUGUGGUAAUAGUCAACUUGUUCUGAAACCUGGAAGUGUGAAAGAGGUUUCUGCCAUUUUAAAAUAUUGCAAUGAGCGGAAAUUAGCAGUGUGCCCACAAGGUGGUAAUACAGGCCUCGUUGGGGGCUCUGUACCUAUUUGUGAUGAGAUUAUACUUUCCUUACAACGAAUUAAUAGAAUUAUAAGCAUUGAUCAAAUCACUGGUAUAACUGUUUGUGAAAGCGGCUGCAUUUUAGAGAACCUAGAUAACAAAACUAGAGAAGUAGGUUUAGUAGUACCAGUUGAUUUGGGAGCAAAAUCAAGCUGCUAUAUUGGUGGUAAUGUGUCAACAAAUGCUGGAGGCUUAAGAGUUCUACGGUAUGGAAAUUUACAUGGAUCUGUUUUAGGAGUUGAAGCGGUUCUUGCUAGUGGUCAAAUAAUUGACCUUAUGUCAGACUUCAAGAAAGACAAUACCGGUUAUCAUUUGAAGCAUUUAUUCAUUGGUUCUGAGGGAACUUUGGGAGUGAUAACAAAAAUAUCAUUGUUGUGUCCUCCUAAAUCAGAUGCAGUCCAUUUAGCAUUUUUAGGACUUUCAUCUUUUGAUCACGUUUUGAGAACAUUUAUCAAUGCAAAACGAUAUUUGGGAGAAAUUUUAUCGUCUUGUGAAAUGAUUGAUGCGGGAAGUUUAGAAGCAAGCGUGUCUCACUUCAAGCUCAAUGCACCAAUUCAAGGAUAUCCAUUUUAUAUGCUUAUUGAAAGUUCUGGUAGCAAUGCAUCACAUGAUUUAGAAAAGUUUAACGAGUUUUUGGAAAACGGUAUGAAAAAUGGAGAAAUUUUAGAUGGAACUGUUACAGCAGAACUUAGUAAAAUUCAAGAUAUUUGGAAGCUUCGAGAGCUAGUGCCUGUAGCUCUUGUAAAUAAUGGUUACUGUUUUAAAUAUGACAUUUCUUUACCAUUACGAGAGUUCUAUAAUAUUGUUAAUGUGAUGCAAGAUCGUGUGGGAGACUUAGCUAAAUGUGUUUGCGGCUACGGACAUUUGGGUGAUUCAAAUUUGCACUUAAACAUAUCUUGCGAAAAAUUUACAGAAGAACUCUACAAUCGAAUUGAACCCUUUGUAUUUGAAUACACAUGCAAAGUUAAAGGAAGCAUCAGCGCAGAACACGGAAUUGGCUUUCUAAAACGAAAUUAUUUAAAGUAUUCGAAAAGUCCAGAAUCCAUUAAGAUGAUGCGUAGCUUAAAAAAAUUCUUGGACCCAAAUGGUAUUUUAAAUCCCUACAAGGUUUUAAACUAAUAUGUUGAAGAAAUGUACGUUUUCAUUUAAAAUUUAGAACUUAUGGUUGUAUCAAAUUUAAAUAAAAAUAAAAUUACUCUAACCUGCAUACCAGAUAAUAAA